UUUUCGUUUAUCUGUCAUCACUCGCCUGUCACUUUUAAAUUGGUCGCUUUUAUUUUAUUUUCUUUAAUGUUUUACGCAUUUUUACGAUGAAUUCUUUGGAGCAAGUGCCGAUGCAGUCGGUUUCGAUUGGCCCCGACUCAAAACUAUGGAAGAUGAAGCAAUUAGUGAACGCAAUUCAGUUAUAUUUCCAAACGAAAAGAGAAGACACUGCUACAGUCAUCAACAUGCACCUUCAGAGUUUGAGUGUGACGAUCGAUUUGAGCAUCUUUGAUCCGCACUCGACUAUCGCCCCCCAGUUUUUCGUCAGUCUCUACGAACUUAUGAAUAAAAUGGAGCAAAGAUCGUCUUUUGCCUGGAAUUGCGUUGAUGUUUUAUCAAAUGUGUGCCGGAAUCCCGCUGCCCGACAUGCCCUAAUUCACACUUAUCAAUUUAUACCGAGCUUAUCGCGAUUGUUAAAUGACCAAUUGUCAAAUGAGAAAAAAGUUCGAAUUUUAAGACUGAUGCAAGAUCUCACUUGCGGUAUCAAAAUCUCAUGGCAAAUCCCACAUCUGCCCCACCUCAUGAUCACUCUAAGCAAAUGGAUAGAGAAUUCAAAUGAGGAGAUUAUCACACUUUCAAUGGGGAUUUUGGUCAAUUUGUGUUAUAAAAAUUUAUCGGCGAUUUACACACUUUUCGGGAACGUGGAUGUGAAGAAAAUCCUCCAGAUUUGUUCAUUAAUGAGGGGACCAACAAUUGAAAUUCACACAUGCAAAAUGUUGAUUUUUCUCGACUACUUGAACGGCGAUAUUCCUGAAAACAUUCUUUUGAAAAUUACCAACGUGACAUUUGAGUCGGUUGUUGAGGCUUUUCGAAUAAGAGACUCGAUUUUGUUGCGCCAAAUCGUCGAAUUUUUUCUUGAUGUGGGUAAACAAAACUCACUGAAUGUUUUAGUACAAAGUCAAGACUACACUAAGCAACUCACAGCCGUUCUAGACAUUAUUCAAAAUAAUCAUGGAAUGGAAACAAACGAUAGUAAUUUCGAGAAUUGCGAACCUGAGUGUUUUGCUCUAGUUUUUGAAUUUUUGGGUUUUUUAACCGCGAUUAAAGUCCCAGCGGUGGCUUCGAUGUACCCUAUUUUGAUCCAAAUUGCCUUAAAGUGGAUUCACACGGAUUUGGUUUCGUCUCAAGCUUUGGCUCUUUUGAAGUCAAUCGCGGUAAAUGUGGACGAAAAUGAAAAUGGAAUUUUGGAGCCUCUCGUUCAGGGACUUCCGAUUUUUUUGAAUACUUUAGACAGCAGUCGGAAUGAGGAUGGACCCUCUUAUGUUGAACAAAACCUAAAAAUUGCCGGUUUGUUGCAAUUGUUGCGGAUUAUGACACAAGUUUCGUCAAUUCGGCCGAAAAUUUUGGAGGAUUUGAAAGUCUCAACGGUUUGUAAAGUGUUGGGGUGUCUCCAAGACGCUGAAAAUGCCCCAAAUUACAAAUCCAAUGACUUGGAUAUGGCCAAUAUCGACACAGUUAAUCUCUACGUCCACGGAAUAGCUCUAGUUAAUGAAUUAGCUAAACAUGAUAUCACUUGGAUGAACCUUCAAACCAAUCUGAUGCAACACAAACAAACCCACAUGCUUCUCGCCCAGUGUCUAUACCAAAGUUCAAAAGACGAAAAAUCCCUCGUGUUCGAAAUGUCGGCAAUUCCGUCAUUCCCCCGAAAAAGCGUCGCCGAUGCGAUGGUGUCGCUCCAAGCGGCGGCAAUGCCCGACCUUAAACGAAGCUCCUCUCACAGCAUCCAAUCUCAAGACUUGAAUUUCCCUGUCCUUUCGAUUACACAAAUCAACAAAGUCGAUUCGCUUCUAUCAAAACUCCGCGAGAGUUUUACCCAGAAACAAUUUGGUUCGGUUUUAACCUCUGACGUUAUUGAGUUGUAUGAGUAUAAGUUGGCGUCGAUGGGGAAUGCCGAGCGGGCCGCUAUGGCCAGCGUGGAGGCGGCUUCUGAGAGGUGUACUCAUCUGCAACACAGAAAUGCACAAUUGAGUGCCGAGUUGAAUCGGUCGCAUCAGUUGCUGUAUCAUGUCCAGCAGUGUCACGAGCAGGUCUCGAAGUUGACUGGAACCCUCGAGGAGAAAGUUGAUACUUUAAAAAACCAGUUGGAGAUUGAUAGAGGGAAGUUGAAAGUGUGUAAAAGUCAGUUGGGGGUGAAGGAGGAUGAGUUGAGUGAAUGCAAAACUGAAUUGGAGGGGUACAAGAAGAAGUAUGAGAAGAGUUUGGCGGUGAGGAAGGAAGUGGAGGAGCAAAAUGUCCAAUUGAAGCAAUAUAUCGCGAAAUUGGAAGAAAAUUCAACAAAGUUGCAGAAAGUAGUACAAAAGAAAGAAGAUGUGUUGAAGAAUGCGAAUUUGAAAUUGAGCGAGUUGGAGCAAAGUCUUACGCAAAAAGAGAGCCAAUUGCAAGAGACUAUAGUCAAGCUACAGGAAACGACUAAAGAACUAGAUACGAGGAAACAAAUUUUAGAAACUAUUACGAAAUUCGCCAUGAAUUCACAACGUUUGGAGCAAUAAUUUUAGAUUUUAUGUUGCAUAAUGGUCUUUUAAUAUGUAAUUUUAUAAUAAAAGAAACGACUGAUGCAA